CCACAUAUAAAAAAGCCCUAACCUAGAAACAGUAUUUCAAAACCCUAAUAUUUAGUUCUUCACUUUCUUUUUCUCUUCUGAACACCCAUUUUAUUCUAUAACCAGUAGCCGCACCAGAGUCCUUGCGCUCCUUCCCUCCUUCGAUUUUCUUCAGGUAAGUUCUUUUUAAGCUACCAAGAUGGGUCGUGUCCGUACAAAAACUGUAAAGAAGUCUUCUCGCCAAGUCAUUGAGAAGUAUUAUUCUCGAAUGACAUUGGAUUUCCACACCAACAAGAAGGUCUUGGAAGAGGUUGCCAUAAUUCCAUCUAAGCGUCUGCGUAACAAAAUUGCUGGAUUUUCUACUCAUCUCAUGAAGAGAAUUCAAAAGGGCCCUGUUCGUGGAAUUUCUUUGAAAUUGCAAGAGGAGGAGCGUGAAAGGCGUAUGGACUUUGUGCCUGCUGAGUCCGCUAUCAAGGUAGACGUCAUCAAAGUUGAUCCAGAGACCAUUGAUAUGCUUGCUGCUCUAGGUAUGUCUGACCUCCCUGGAAUCAUCAAGGCCGAGCCAGAGGAUAUGGCCCCUGCCCCAGUCUUCACCAGGGGAACUGGAGGCCCGAGAAGGUACUAGGGCUAUUGAGUUUAUUUAUGUGUUGUGCAAGAACUAUUAGGUUUGAAGCUGCCCUUAUGUUGGCGCAUUUCUCUGUUUCUUAGAUGUCUGCAAAGUUUUCAAUUUUGUCUUGUAGGACAAAGUGCUGAUGUUAGUAAGACUUGCACUAAUAUUGUCAUACUGUUUUUUUUGGUGGAUAUUUCGAUUACUUGAGUUUAUUUUUUUUUAUUGUCAAGCUACCAUGUUUCCUGUGUUUUGUUUC